AUGGAAUUUUUCACAUUUCAGUUCAAUGAUCCAGCUCAAUGUUUGGAGGCAAAUCUUCCUUACAAUGUUAAAACAGACGCAGCCGCCUUCAAGUUUUGCAGAAUUGCUCUGCCAUAUAGCACAAUUCUUUCGGGUAAAAAAGCAGUUGUCGCUGGAAUAAAUUAUAUUCAAUGCUCGUUUCAUUCGGAAUUAAUUUGCAAAAGUGGGUGGAAGCAAUUGUGGGGACGAUGCUAUUUACUGAUCAGCAAACAAGAAGUCACACUGAAGGAAGGCAAAGAAAUUUGCGGGAAGAUGAAAGCGAAUCUCGUCGAUAUCCACCGGUUGGAUUUGAUUCAACGUCUCGACGAUUCAUUUGGACCACAAUCAAGUGUCUGGGUUCGAACUUCACAGAAAAAUCUGCCAAUCCGAAAAUCAUUCGGAAAUGCAACCAUAAUUGCGUAUGGGGCAAGCGUUUUGUAUACCGUCAAAUACGGAUCACUGAUUGGAGUCGAUGAGAAAACUGACAGAGCACAAGUGAUUUGCGAAUAUGAUCCUCCAGAAAAUGUUGCAUACCAUUUGGCUCGUUUAAAGCAAUUCAGAGUGCUCGGGAUCGUUGGAAAAGCUAUCAAUCAACGUCUUAUUAUAAAAACACACGGACGAUACGGACUUCGUCAAUCAUUUGACAGUGAGAAAAACCCUUACGACAAACCAUAUGAGCACGCAGUGUGCAAAGCAAUCAUGAAAGUGUUUUCAAGAGAUGGAGUUCGCGGAGCUUAUUCAUGGUUUGAUUUCAAUAAUUUGCGAACUGAGAUCGUCGAAGAACUCGUUGAUGACCUUUCAAUUGCGUAUAGUGCUGCUCACAAAUCUGAGAAUGAUGGCUUGUGCUUUUACCGAUUAGACGAUAAGGGUAACAUUACCAGUUGUACUGAUUUGCUGAAAACGGAUGUCAGCGAUAGCUACGUAUUGAUGGAAAGAGCUUUUGCACUUGUACCCUACAAUUUUCAUAAGGAUGGAUUGAAAACUGUGAAUGCAACACAAUUAGUAUCUUUUCCGAAUGGAUUGAGAUCAUCGAUGUUCUGCCAAUCAGAAAUGUUCAAAAUUAACUAUGCUUCGUGUCCUCCUGGAUAUCACGAAUUCAAACGGGAUUACAGAACUGCCUGUCACAAGAUUGUGUAUGAAAGGAAAACCUGGGAUGGUGCAAUGCGGAAAUGUAAUUUGGAAGGGGCAACUCUUGCGGGAUUCAUCAACGACGAGGAGAGAGAUUUCGUGUUUGAAAAAAUCAUAAAAACGGAAGGCAAAUUUUGGGUUGGCGGUCGUCGUAAUUUGAAAUGUCUUUCACUGUCUUAUUCGGGAAACAAAGAUGUGUGCAACGAGGAAAAUUUGUUCGAAUGGCAAAACGGAAUUGUUCCCGACGUUUAUAUCGACAAACUCAAGGUGUUUUGGAUGCCUGGAGAGCCAAACUUUGCUGGCGCCAGUGAGCAAUGCCUCGAAAUGGUCAAGGGCGUUGUUAGAUAUAAUUAUCAAUCUUGGAAUGUUGAUCGCUCUCGAAUGUUCAAUGACAAAACGUAUUUGUUGAAUCUUGUCGAAAUCUGA